GGUAACCACUCGCAACACUAUAACGUAGCAGUAAAAACGCAACGUCAUUUAAAGCAAUCGAUCGACCUAACCUCAAAAUUAUUUUGCGCAAUGUUAUUUUAACAAGUGUAGAGUUUUAGACAAUACUGUUUGCUUUUCUUAGAAGAAAAUUAAGACCCGUACUUAGUUCUUCUGUAUAAGCUACCGAACCAACAAUGAACAGUAUUGGCGAAGCUUGCAACGACUUAAAACGAGACUACGAUGCAUGUUUUAACACCUGGUUUUCAGAAUACUUUUUAAAGGGACAUACAAAUGAUUCCAUGUGUGCCCCGCUUUUUAAGGUUUACCAAGAGUGUGUCAAAAGAGCAAUGAAGGACCAACAAAUAGACUUUCACGAAGUUGAAAAAAAUUUACUAGGAACAGAACAGGAAAGAAAACCGCCCCAGAAACCUAGCUGACCAUGGACAUCUGUGAUUUGCUCAUGGAUGUGUUCAAACAGAAUUCCAGAUGCAGUCACUAUAAUGAGCAGUCAAAAUCAUCACCAAAUAAAGCAGCAAAUGCCUGACGAGUCACAGUUUGAUGUCUGAAUUAAUGUAUUGUGUUUUAUCAGUUGUUCACCUUCACAAUGCAUAGUAAUAAUGUUGACAUAGUAUAUUUUAAUAAACGUUAGAUUAGUG